AUGUUAAUUGGCGACGAGGAUGAAACAUCGACUGGAGUACAAAGUGAAACAGAGGAAACCGUGGAAUUGUUAUCCAAACAUUUUGCCCGCCACCAAAACCAGAUUAUACAGCAUUUCCAGUUUUACCGCAGAGACCAGAAAGAGGGAGAGACGGUUCCCGAAUUUUUGACCGCUUUAAGAAAUUUGGGCCAAUAUUGUGAAUUCACAGAUUUGGGUGUAAUGCUGCGUGACGGAUUGGAAGAAGCCAUUGCCAGUGAAGAGGCCCAGACGAAUUUAGCCGCAUUGAAAACACCAGUUAACCAGCAAAAGAUAAACAGAAUUGAUAUGGGGGUACACAUUCGCCAGACCAGUGCCGGUUUAAAGAAGAUUACCACUUCUGCAAAGAACGUGGAGAUAUUGAAAAGGCGUGUAUCACCAAAGCCAGGUCGUCCAGGAAAAAACUCUGGAGGAGCAAUGGGUAAGAAUAAUGUUAACCAGAUCAAAAUACCCCCGAAUGACGGAAACCAGGACUACAUUUUGUCAAUGAGUGGAGUAAAUGGCAUAUCGAUCCGCAGAGAAGUGAAAAUUUGUGAAAAAUCUAUUGAGGUGGAUAUUGACUCUGGUGCCAGUCACUCAAUUAUGAGUGAAGAUAAUUUUAUAAGAAGUUCCGUAACCUAAAGUUACAUCCAGUAAAACACAUCUAAAAGCAUGGGGCACAGAAAAUAAUUGCCAAAUUUGUGGCGAAGAACGAGUUCCAGUUUCUUUGGGUGCUAUUAACUGGAAGCUGAUACUGGUAGUGGUACGUGGAAGAGGUCCAUCCUUAAUUGGAAGAAAUUGGUUUGAGUAAUUGGGAAUUUCCAUAAUUAGUCCAGUGCACAGCAUCGAAGGUGGGUUACCAGAAGAGGUAACUGAAUUCAACACAAUAUUCGAUUCAAUGGAGGAGGAUGGUGUGCUACGUUCAUUGACGAAUAGCGUAUGGGCUACUCCAAUAGUUCCAGUUUUAAAACCAGAUAAUACCAUACGCACCAGAUGAUUUGUAAAGAAACAUCCCCUGCCAACCAACAUGGAAGUGCUAACAACUUUAGCGAAUUGUAAAUGGUUUUCAGAUUGGGUUUAGAUAGAGCGUACACUCAGGUGAAAGUAGGCGAUGAAUCAGCAAAAAUUUUAACCAUUACACACAUCGUGGAUUGUUUGAGGUUACCAGAUUACCGUUCGGUAUAUCCACAGCACCAAGUAUUUUUCAACGUAUGAUGGAAGGCCUGUUAAGUGGCAUAGAUGGCGUUGUGGUAUAUCUUGAUGAUAUUUUGAUUGGUGGUAAGACGGUUCAGGAGAUGUGGGACCGAACAAAAGUUGUUCUUCGACGCAUACAAGAUACCGGUUUAAAAUUAAAAAGAAGUAAAUGUGUUUUUCUGUUCAAGAGCUAUGCCUUUUGGAGUUCAAGGUAAAUCGAGAUGGUGUGAAACCAACAGAUGAAAAGAUCAGGGCAAUUUAUCAAGCACCUGAACCAACCGACAAACAACAACUGCAAUCAUUCCUGGGAUUAGUAACAUUUUACGAACGAUUUUUCCGCAACAAGUUAAAUGUGUUGGAGCCGCAUUAUCGUCUUUUGCAAAAAGAUGCCAGCAAGUUUUGAUCAGGUAAAGAAAAAUCUUCAAUCUGAAAAUCUUUUGGUUCGUUAUUCCGCAGAAUUGCCAUUGAUUUUGAGUGGUGAUGCUUCACCAUACGGAGUGGGGCAGUCUUAGCUCACGUCAUACCAGUCUUAGCUCACGUCAUGCCAAUUGCUUUUGGGUGCCGGACUCUCCAACCAGCUGAAAAGAACUCUACCCAGUUAGACAAGAAGGCACUUGCGAUUAUUUUUGGCUAGAAGAAGUUUAACCAGUUUUUGAGUUGAAGAGAAUUUACGAUCUUACUGAUCACAAACCGUUGUUGGGACUGUUUAAUCCAGUGAAACCCAUAUCUGAGCAUAUGUCACCUAGGAUGUUGAGAUGGUGGUUGAUGCUAGGGGCAUACCAAUACAACAUAAAAUAUAGAGAAGGGAAGAAAAACGAAAAUGCAGAUGCAUUAAGCAGGCUACCAUUUAAAGAAGUAGGUGGAACAAUUCCGAAUAUUCCUGAAAUUUUAUAUUGUACAGAAGGCAAAGACCAGUUCUUAAUAAUGUUUGCCAUUGUUUGCUUUGGGGUACAAGAGUAAUAAUACCCACAAUUUUCGUUCCCGUAUUUUGAAUAUGUUGCAUGAAGUACACCAAGGUAUGUCAGCCAUGAAAGCUACCGCCAGAAGUUAUUUUGGUGGCCAGGUCUCAAUAAGGACAUCGGGAUGACGGCGAAAAAAUGUGAGAAAUGUUCCCAACAAAAUA